CAUUGUGCGAGCAUUACGUGAGGCUGCGAGGGGAACAACGGGAUUUUAUAACAUGAGGAUAAUUUUGUUAUUUUUUUACAUAAGUUUGCUCUGUGUAGGACUAUAGCAUACACACAAAGACAUUUGUCUGAAUCCGCUGCAGCGCAAGGAUAACCACUGUAAGAGGAACAGCUGCGAACAUUUAGGACGUGGAUGAUCCCGUGGAAAACUUGAAAAGAGUUUUUGUUGAAUGGAUUUCUGAGUUCGGGCUGGAAAAGACGGUAUUCUGUUUAAAGACUCGACUGUAAGAUUUUCUUCUGCAGUCCAUAACAUUUUUUUUUCGCAGUUCACUGGCUGUGAGAGACGACGCGAGGAAACCCUGCUCAGACCAUUCGUUUAAUUUUCCAACCCGCAAAUAGAUUUUCCCUGAACGUCCAUUUGAGUAACAUGCGCGUGUGGAGACCACGAGCAACCUUCCGCCGUGUUGCUUGAGAAGCACAGCGCGAGCACGCGAGGACAGCAGAAGAAUUUUAAUCUUAUUUGAUCAGAAAACGCCGGGGAAAGUUUUUUCCCCACUCAACAUCUGAAAGACUCUUUUAUCCGCACUUGGAUACGCGGGCAGCCCGUUUUUUUUCAAUCCAGUGAGAACUUGAAGUUCCAUUUUUUAUUAUCGAACAUGGCGGUAUCGAAUGACUGGGUACGAGCGAGUGGACUAGCAGUUGCCCUGAUAUGCCUAAUUUUGCAGCCCUGUUCCGGGCAGUACCACGGGGAGAAGGGCAUUUCGAUUCCCGAGCAUGGCUUUUGUCAGCCAAUCUCUAUACCACUUUGCACAGACAUUGCUUACAACCAAACCAUUAUGCCAAAUCUUUUGGGUCACACCAACCAGGAGGACGCGGGUCUGGAGGUACACCAGUUUUAUCCCCUGGUCAAAGUGCAGUGCUCCAUGGACCUCAAAUUCUUCCUGUGCUCCAUGUACGCCCCGGUGUGUACCGUGCUGGAGCAGGCGAUCCCGCCGUGUCGGUCGCUGUGCGAGCGGGCCAGGCAAGGGUGCGAGGCGCUGAUGAACAAAUUCGGCUUCCAGUGGCCCGAGCGGCUGCGCUGCGAGUUUUUCCCGGUGCACGGAGCCGGUGAGAUCUGCGUGGGACAGAACACAUCGGAUAGCGGGAGCCCCACGUCCGACCCGACGCCUUUCCAGCCGGAACAUAUCACACUUCCGAACAUCGUGCGUCCCCCUCACCAGUUCUCUUGCCCUCUCCAGCUCGAGGUGCCCCCCUAUCUGAACUACUACUUCAUGGGCGUGAAAGACUGCGGGGCUCCUUGCGAACCCACCAAACCCAACGGGCUCAUGUACUUUCGGGAGGAGGAGGUGAAGUUCGGCCGGCUCUGGGUCGGGAUUUGGUCCAUUUUGUGCUGCGUGAGCACGCUUUUCACCGUGCUCACCUAUCUAGUGGACAUGAGGCGUUUCCGCUACCCGGAGAGGUGCAUCAUAUUCCUAUCUGGCUGCUACUUCAUGGUGGCCGUGGCUUACGCCGCGGGAUUCUUCCUGGAGGAUAAAGUUGUGUGCAUUGACAAAUUCAACGACGACGGUUACAAAACCGUCGCGCAGGGCACCAAGAAGGAGGGCUGCACCAUCCUGUUCAUGAUCCUGUACUUUUUCGGCAUGGCCAGCUCCAUUUGGUGGGUCCUCCUGUCGCUCACAUGGUUCCUGUCCGCCGGUAUGAAGUGGGGUCAUGAGGCCAUCGAAGCCAACUCUCAAUACUUCCACCUCGCCGCCUGGGCAGUGCCUGCCGUUAAAACCAUCACCAUCCUCGCCAUGGGCCAGGUGGACGGAGACAUCCUGACCGGCGUCUGCUACGUGGGUAUCUACAACGUGGACGCCCUGCGCGGCUUCGUCCUGGCGCCCCUGUUCGUCUACCUCUUCAUCGGCACGUCGUUCCUGCUCGCGGGCUUCGUGUCUCUGUUCCGGAUCAGGACCAUCAUGAAGCACGACGGCACGAAGACCGAGAAGCUGGAGAAACUCAUGGUGCGCAUCGGGGUGUUCAGCGUCCUCUACACCGUCCCGGCCACCAUAGUGAUCGCCUGCUAUUUCUAUGAACAAGCGUUCCGUCCCCAGUGGGAGAAGACCUGGCACUUGCAGACGUGCAAACGCUUCGCCGUGCCAUGCCCGGCGCACAACUUUGCGCCGAUGACCCCGGACUUCACCGUUUUUAUGAUUAAGUACCUCAUGACAAUGAUCGUGGGCAUCACCUCCGGCUUCUGGAUAUGGUCAGGGAAAACCCUGCAGUCCUGGCGCCGGUUCUACAAACGGCUCAGCAACAGCAACCAGGGAGAGACCACAGUAUGAGCUGCGAGAGAGUGGUCGUCUUCAUUCAGGUUGUAACCUCUGGAAGUUCGCUUCGUCUACAAAAAAAAGUUAAUCUCGGAGCCAUAGCUACAGUCACGGAUCCCACGCUCCAGACGGAGAAGUUGGGACAGGACAAUGGCAAAAACACAGUGGGAAGGAAUCAAACAUGCAAACUAAGCUGAUUUUCGAUUCUGUAAGUGUCAUUUAAAGGAUUGAAAGGCCAUGGACACUCUAAUGUGCCACGCUGCUUUGUUUUCUGUUAUGUGUUAUAAUUUGUAAAACAUCUGACGAACAUUCAAUGUUAUUCAAAUCUGUCUUAAUUAUUUGUUGUAUUACGUUUAUAUUCUUAAAAACAGGACAAUAUAUUUUGACUUUGUAUCACGAAACAAGAUUCACACGGGGUUGUCUGUAGUUUUAUAAAAAAUAAUUAGACAAAUGCAUUUCAUUUACUUCUGCUAAGGGCAUGGUAUGCGCUCAGUCAGCUCAACAGUAGGUGCGAUCCUUUGCCCAGAAAACAGAAUGUUUGCCUUAUACGUCCUUUUGUUUAUUUGGCAAAAUUGUUGGAGUUUCGCAGCUACCCACUGACAAUCAUGCAUACCUCUACAAAUGGACGGACUGCUUUGUGCGUCCUGAAUCCGGAUAGUAUUAUGCAUGUGUACAGCUGUGAGAUUAUGCAAGCUUUUUAAACAACAUAUUGUAAAUACUCACAUUUUCUCAAAGAAUAUAUGUAUUUAUGACAAUAAUCUUGCUGUUUUUUACUUGAUUUUCAAAAAUGCGGUAAGAUACCAUUUGUAUAUGUACAGUGUCACUGAAUAAAACAAUUAGAUUUUUAAAACGCU